UACGUUGGCAUCUCUCCAGAGGGUCAGUGUGCUGCAAUGGUCUGAGUGUUGAAUCAAGAACUCGGGAGACCAGAGUUUGAAUCCCUUCUCAGCCAUGGAAAACCACUGGGUGAUCUUGGUCAGUUUUGGAGCAAUGUAGGUCACAGUAGCUCAGGAGUCCUGAACAGAGAGGCCUUCCUCUGCUGUAACCCUAUAAAAGUCUGGAGCAGAACAGCCAAGGAUGUCAUAGAGCACCUGCUGAAGCUUCUAGAACAAAGAAGAGCCAGAGUGGGACCAGAGGCAGCAUCGCAGGCUGAGGGCUAGUGGUCAUCUGGAGGGACUGGUGUCCAGACCAGGGCCAUGAGUCCGGCUGGCUGUAAAUAGAAAAAAGCGGAGUUGAGAGGGUCUACCCUCCAUCUAGACAGCAGGGCAGCCAAGACAACCAGCCUCAGCCACGAUGCAAGGAAUAGAACGCCUUCCAGAGUGUGGGACCCAAGAAGCAUAGUGUAAGUAUCAGCCCUCGUGUUUCCAUCACCUGCAGCCUUUUAGAAGAGAGACAGAGAUUGCCCCAGAAGCAGGGAACGAGGGACAAGUGGGGAGACCUGCCUUGGACUGCUCUCCCAAAGCCCCAAGUACUAAUUUAGCAGCCAUUAAGCGAAAGGAUGGACGAAUCCCAAACACCAUUUGACUCGGAGUCCCCUGGGAAUGAGGAAAUGCUCGGCGCUGAGGAACAGAAAUGCUGCAACGAAAUCAAUGAGGACCACAGCGGGACGACUCAGUUGCAGGAGAGCGGAGAUGCGGCGCCAGCGACAGAGCAAGGGGCUAAAAGCAGAACGGCUUCCGGGAAAUCUGUGCUGAGCCAGUCCCUGCAGACGGAGAGUGAGAUUUUCCAGCGGAAAGAACUGACAGACCAGAGUUUGCAGACAGAGAUUUGUGGCAUUGCAAACAGCAGCGUAAUCACUCUGAGGAAAGAAUCCCACUGGAGUAACCCUGAAAUCCUUGGCCAAGAGUCGCAACACGGCAGCCAACCAUCUGCCCUUUGCCAGGAUGGCCAGAGCCAAACCUCUUUCCAGGUGAAUUCGGGCCAGAUGGUUUUUCCCAGUGAACCCCAGCCAACGGAUUCAUGGAGGCAGCCCAGUCAGCCGCCCGCUGUACAGGGAUCUCCUCAGACCAUUCACUGGACAGAAGGCCAAGAGUCCAGGACUGGUCUGGAGUCCAGCCAACAACCAGACGAUGAAAAGGCUAAGCCAAAAACCAAGCAGUAUAGGGAAAAAGGCAAAACUAUGGUCGACCAGGUUCAACAAACAGAGAAUGUGGGGAAAGUGCUCUCUGAAAAGGGUCUACAGACAGAUUCCUCUGGAAGUGGACAGACUGGCAAAGCGGUUGAAUUGCCAGGUCCUGACAACCAGCAAACCCUACAAGGAAGGGACCUGGACUUUUUAUUCCAACUAAGUUGAAAGAUCCCUGCCCCGACAGCCAGCCGCUUGAAGAACCCAAAAUCUGUAGCAAUAUCCUUCCAAGAUAAAGGCUGGAUUCCCAUCUUGGAAGCAAGCAAAGCGACACUCAGGAACUCCACUGUGGUCCUUCAGGAGCAGGAGCUGCAAGGAUUCAGCUGGAGAUUCUCAUAGGGACCGCAAGCCAAUUGUCUCAAGAACUGUAUCAUGGCAGUCUCCCAAGUGAGAUGGUAAAACCUGAACCUGAUACUCAGCAACCCCUGGAAGAAUACCGCCAGAGCAGCCUCUCUUUAGAACGGCAAGAAUGCCAUCGUCUUUAUGGAGAGAGAACGGGGCAGGACCCUUGGCACGGCCGUCAGAUGUCUCCAGAGAUGGAAUAGGUUUUGAAUGUGAGCCCAAGUCCUCCCCUGGUUUUGCUGGUCAGACCGUGUUGCCAAAGCAAAAAGCUCAAUUUGCUCAGCAGCAGGCAUAGAGCAUCAUUUUGUUAGAGGGAACUACUUGGCUAAAUAGAGAAGCUGGGACACUAAUGACAAACCAGCGCCAACAGACCCAAGACAGCCGGCUCCAGAACAACAGGGAGAAAACUAGAAGCCCCAUCCUGGCUCUUUGCUGGAACAGAGUCCACAGGAUUUGCUGACCAACAGAUAAGCGAAGGCUGGCAGCCGUAGGGAUGAGCCACGCAAGGGACCUGGGAUGCCAGAGGGAUCGGAUGCGAAUCCCUUGAGAGAAACUGGAGACCUCUGAUAACCAGCUGGCCCUGGUUCUGGCCCAUCGGUCCCAGGAAUCUGGCUGGCCAUAGAGCGAGAGUAAGGCCCUGGAAACAUGAGAAGCAGAAUAAAAGUCGAGAAAAACCCUAUGGAUUUUGUGGUUCAUUUCUUUCCAUGUCAAUUAAUUCAUUAUUGGUAGCAUUACACCAUUUCCUCACAUUGGCGGAGAAGUAAGGUAUCUAUAUAUACACAUGUGUAAGUGACAGGAAUGAAUGUGCGAUUUCAGGUGUUGGCUGUGUAUGGCUAUGCUAUGUAUGAUCCAGUUGUAAUGUCUGGUCUAAUGCUGAUGUAUGGUUUCAACUGGAGGGAAUGCUCUUCUGUGUCAGAACUCCCCUGCAUUCAUAUAUUCAUUGGUCAUUUAUAUAUUCAUUUGGGGAUUCUGUCAGAGGGAUUAUUAGUUUAGGGUUUUGUUUAGAUAUUAUUUGAUUAAGGAC